UAUGACAACCUUUCGCAGUUGUCAAUGCGCCUGUGCAUGUUUCUGACGGCUAAAAAUGUCAGUACAAACCGAUUUCGAUUGACUGCGCGAGAAAAAAUCAAUCUUCCUCGCGCAAAAGAGUUGUUUCCAGCUGAUCCCGUCGUAAGCUGUCUCGAACGCCAAAUAUCCUGCGGGAGAAUGGCCAAGAAACAAACGCUUGUUCUGCUAGGGUUCGAAGAUGAACCGAUUGCGGAAAAGGACCGACCCUAUCUGUCCUACACGACCAACAAAAUCGGUGGCCAUGCGGAUUGGCCUGCUGGUGCGAUAGAGGUUCAACCGUGCAUUUUCUGCGGACAACAGAGGCCAUUGAUCGUGCAGAUCUAUGCACCGUUGGAUGAUUCGCAGUUCCACCGUACGCUGUACGUUUUCGCUUGUCUAAAUGCACCCUGUUCGACGCAGUCCCAGGCGUGGACGUGCGUAAGGAUACAGUCGCUUGAAAAGAGUUCACCUGGAGCGGACGGUAUUACGGAAACACGGUCCGGCAAGGUGCUUUCAAAGGAUACCACGAUAUCCUGGUGCAGCGGGGCAGACGAUUGGGAUGAGGACGGACAGGAGGAUAUGGAAGUACGUGAGGAUUUCAGUACUUCUACCUUUAUGCGGGUUGAUACGAGUAGCGUUGCUGCGGAACAGCUCUUGAACGAGGAGAAUGGUAAUGUGAUCCAGUACGAGAAAGUGUCCGACGAGGACGACGAAAGCAACUCGAUGGAAGCGGAACCCAUACCAGGGUUUGACAAGCUGCGCGUAGACGAAACGAAUGCAAAUGCUCGCGGCGAUGGAAGGGCCUCUGGAGCAACUGGUGGGGCAGAACUGAUCGAUAAUCUCUACACGACGAGAGCGUCAGCCGAGAUUGAAGGACUAGAAGCGGAGGUGGUCGUCGUGGAUACGCCCGUGUCACCGAAACGUGAUUUAAUUGCACUGCUGAAGCAGCCCCAGGUUGUGCCACGAAGCAUUGGAGAUGUAACGCUGCGCGGGCUGUACAUCAGCGUUGAUGAAGAACGUUACAUUGCACCGCUAGCAUCCGAUCACGUUCGAGAACUGCUCGCCGAGUAUCAACGACAUGAGGAAGUGAAAACUAGCCUCGAGAGUCCGUUGGAGAAUGUCGCUUCGGGAACUAAGCAGCAAUCGAAUGCUAACCAUGACCAAGAACUGUACGAGAAGGGCAUCCCAAUGCACGGCGACCUGAUGUUCCAUUCGUUUCUGAGUAAGCUGCAGGAGAACCCGGGACAGUUGCUUCGCUAUUCGCGUAACGCCUUACCACUGCUGAUUGCGCCCAUCAAGGAAAUGGCCAUACCACCCCACUGUCAGUACUGCAAAAAUGAAAUGAUCUGUGAAAUUCAGCUGCUCCCGACGAUGAUCGAAAAGCUGCGGUUUGAUAUGAACGGAGAGCGAGUACCUAUAGACUUUGGCAACGUACUCGUGUGGACGUGCGGUAAAAGCUGCUGGGAUACACCGGACAAAAUGCGCCAGGAGCUAGUGUUGGUACAAAACGAAGCGUAAUGUGUAGCAACAGUGACGCAAUGAGUGAAGCAAUCUUCCAUUUGCCUUCGGGAGACGUUGAAACGGAAAAAGGCUGGUUCCGGCAGAGUCGCUUGGCAUGUUCCGCUAGGGGAAAACCAUUUCUUCCCAAAAAGGCACCUCUGUCGCGUACUGAAACCGUCGUCAAUUUGGAUAGUUACCUUAGACAGCACAGCCACGCUGGUGUGACUCUGACCGCCGAUGAGGAAACGGAAACGUAUCAGCAUUUUAAAUACGCAAUCGACAUGUGCACCGCAUAUCGGGCGCAGGAUAUGGUUGUACCACGAUUACAUCCAGUAGACAUUUUAUCGUGUUUUAUAUGAGUGAAUUGUUCGGCUCGAGUUUUAGUAGCAUCGAUAUCUGAUAGCUGGAGCGUGUUGAUAUGAUAAUUACUCCUAUUCUAUACAGUAAGUAGCGAUUAAUGUGAUAGCAAACAAAACUACAACUAUCGUAUGCGAGUAUGUGCGAGCGUAAAAUUAACGUUGCUCUAAGGAAGCGCGCGCGGUGUGUGCACUGAACGCACACGUGCCAGCAAUUUAGCUAUGCCGUCCGAUUUUCUUUGCGGCAAACUUCUUAUUCGUUUCACCGUGCGUUGAGACUGUUUUGUUACCAUUAGCAUCUGAGACAAGAUCUAGAAGAUACACGAUAGAUGUGUAAUACGCCUAGAUCGAUGUACGAACAGAAUACUUAUGGGUUUUUUUUCAGUGGCCAAAAAAGCGCAACGAAGUGAGGCUGGUAAGGCGCGACAUUGUAGCGAGUAUUUUCACCUUUAAUCCUAGAUUUCAAAGAUAAACUAUGACUUUAUUCGCGUUAUAAAAGUUUCCUUCUACUUCUAAAUAAAACGAAUAUAGAAUUAAAUUAACCGAUGAUCUUAAAACCUCUUAAA